AUGCAGCGCGCGCAGCAGAAUGAGCUCGAGGCGAUCACCGACAUGUUCAACAAGAUGACUGAGCAGUGCUUCAAAAAGUGCGUGGCGACGUACAAAGAGGAGGCGCUCAGCGUCGGCGAGGCGACGUGCGUGGACAGAUGCGUGCACAAGUACAUGACGGUACAUGGGAAGGUGCAGGAAAUUCUGGGGCAGCAGGCGGCGCAGGCGCAAGCCGCACAGGCGGCGAUGGGCGCGAUGGGCUGA